AUGGAAGAAGACUUGUUCGACGUCUUUGAUGGGCCAUCUGAGCCAAUAGAAUUAACACAGAGUGCUAGUAAGCGUGCACACUCGGAAGAAUCUCAAUCAAAUUCAAAGAAGACGAAAACUGGAGAUAAUAAGAGAGAUCCAGAAGAAAAACCUACAGAAGAGCAAAAUAAAAGAGAUGACGAUAUUUACAACAGAGAUCAAGAGCUUGUACCUGUUGAAUUAGCAGAUGAGGUUGAAACUGAAGCCACAAGAGAAGUCGCUGCAAACGCCGGUUUGGCGGGUACAACAGAGGAAGGAGAUGCAGCUGGUCAGAUAUCCCUCCAACAUCAAGUUAGGCAUAGAGUAGCAUUGCCGCCAAAUUACCCCUACGUCCCUAUCUCCCAGCAUGUACCAGCCAAGGAACCAGCGAGAUCGUAUCCAUUCACUUUGGAUCCUUUCCAGCGUGUUUCAGUAAACUCAAUAGAAAGAGACGAAAGUGUACUCGUAUCUGCGCACACAAGUGCUGGUAAAACUGUUGUCGCGGAAUAUGCAAUCGCACAGUGUUUGAAGCGUGGUGAAAGAGUCGUAUAUACGUCUCCAAUAAAGGCACUUUCAAACCAAAAAUACAGAGAAAUGUUGGCAGACUUUGGUGAUGUCGGUUUGAUGACUGGUGAUGUUACGAUAAAUCCCUCAGCAAGUUGUUUAGUUAUGACAACAGAAAUUUUGCGAUCAAUGUUGUAUAGAGGUUCUGAAAUCAUGAGAGAAGUUUCCUGGGUUAUCUUCGAUGAAAUUCAUUACAUGAGAGACAAGGAGAGGGGUGUUGUUUGGGAAGAAACCAUUAUUUUGUUGCCUCACAAAGUUAGAUAUGUCUUCUUAUCAGCUACAAUCCCAAAUGCUCACGAAUUUGCUGCUUGGGUAUGUCACACUCACAAUCAACCUGUUCAUGUUGUAUACACAAACUACAGACCAACACCUUUACAACAUUACUUGUUCCCGGCUGGUGGUGAAGGUAUUCAUCUUGUCGUAGAUGAGAAAGGUCAAUUCAGAGAGGAGAACUUUGUCAAAGCAAUGGGGGCACUUAUGGACGCUGGUGGAGAAGCUCCAGCAGAUGCAGCGAAGGGUAAAUCCUCAAAGAAGGGUACCAAGAAGGGUGGUAACAAAGACCAGUCAGAUAUCUACAAAAUUGUCAAGAUGAUCAUGAUGAGGAACUACAACCCUGUUAUUGUUUUCGCUUUCAGUAAAAGAGAGUGCGAGAAUCUUGCUUUGCAAAUGUCAAAAUUGGAAUUCAACAGUGAUCAAGAACGUGAUAUGGUUAGUAAGGUCUUCACGAACGCCAUCGCGAACCUCAACGAUGAGGAUAAGAAUCUUCCACAAAUACAACAGAUAUUACCGUUAUUGAGACGUGGUAUUGGUAUUCACCAUGGUGGUCUUCUUCCAAUUCUCAAAGAAACAAUAGAAAUCCUUUUCCAAGAGGGUCUUUUGAAGGUACUAUUUGCCACUGAAACCUUCUCAAUUGGUUUGAACAUGCCUGCAAAGACCGUAGUAUUCACAAACGUCAGAAAAUUCGAUGGUAAAGACUUCAGAACGCUCACCGGUGGUGAAUAUAUUCAAAUGUCAGGUAGAGCGGGUAGAAGAGGUCUUGAUGAUAGAGGUAUCGUUAUCAUGAUGUGUGAUGAGAAGCUCGAACCAACAAACGCAAAGGGAAUGGUUAAAGGUGAAGCUGACAGACUGGAUUCAGCUUUCCAUUUGGGCUACAACAUGAUAUUAAAUUUGAUGCGUGUUGAAGGUAUCUCACCUGAGUACAUGUUGAAUAGAUGUUUCUAUCAACAUCAACAAACUCAAUCAGUUCCACAACUUGAAAAGGAGCUCAAGGAAUGGGAAGCUGAAAGAAACAACAUAGUUGUGCCUGAAGAGACAGCUAUCACCGAAUAUUAUAAUCUUAAGAAACAAUUGGAAGAUUUCAGCAGCGAUAUCAGACAAGCACAGAAUCUUCCUCAAUACGCACUUCCAUUCUUGCAGCCAGGUAGACUUGUGAAAGUAAGACAUCAAGAUUUGAACUUUGGCUGGGGUGUGGUUGUGAAUUACAAUAAGAGGGUCGGACCAGCAAAAAAACCAUUACCAGCUGAUACGAAGCCACAAGAAACUUAUAUUGUUGAUGUACUCUUAAACUGUGCUUCUGGAUCAAGUGUGCCAAAAGAUCGUAACUCUAACAACUCGGAUCAAUCAUUAACAUUCAAACCAUGUCCAACUGGUGAAAAGGGUGAAGCUAUGGUUGUACCAGUGUUGCUCUCAACUCUCGAUGGUAUCAGUCAUAUUAGAUUAUUCUUACCAAAAGACCUCAGACCAGCUCAAGCAAAGGAGCAAGCUUACAAGAGUGUCAGAGAAGUUCAAAAGCGUUUCCCUAAGGGUGUCGCAAUGCUCGAUCCUGUUGAAAAUAUGAAUAUUAAAGAUGAAGGUUUCAAGAAAUUAAUAAAUAGAGUUGCAAUUCUUGAAACUAAAAUUAAGGAGAACAAAUUAACAUCAGACGAAAGACUAGAUGAGAUUUAUCAAGCAUACCUUAACAAACUCAACAUAAUCAACAAAGUUAAGGAAACAAAGAAGAAAAUUCAAACUACUCAAGAUGUUAUACAACUUGAUGAACUUAAAUGUCGUAAGAGAGUCUUGAGGAGGUUGGGAUUCACUUCACAAUCUGAUGUUAUUGAGAUGAAAGGAAGAGUUGCAUGUGAAAUUAGUACAGGUGAUGAAUUAUUACUCACGGAGAUGAUAUUCAAUGGCGUAUUUAAUCAAUUAACAUCUGAACAAUGCGCAGCACUUCUUAGUUGCUUCGUAUUUGAUGAAAAAUCUGAAGCAAACCAAACCUUGGAUAAUGAAUUAAAAGCACCUUUACAUGUACUUCAAGAAGGUGCAAGAAGGAUAGCAAAAGUUUCAUUAGAAUCUAAACUUACAUUUGAUGAAGAAGUUUACGUUCGUUCAUUUAAGGUUGAACUUAUGAAUGUCGUUAUGGAAUGGUGUAAAGGAAAAACAUUCGCACAUUUAUGUACACUCACAGAUGUAUUCGAAGGUUCUAUAAUUAGAGCUUUUAGAAGAUUACAAGAAUUACUUCGUCAAAUGGCAUCAGCAGCAAACGCGAUUGGUAAUAAUGAUCUUAAGGAGAAGUUCGAAAAAGCUUUGGAAUUAGUUGAUAGACCGAACUCAGUUGUUAGCUGUCAAUCAUUGUACCUUUAAUUUAUAUAUUUUCAUUUAUUAGUCAUGCAUAG